AUGCUCAACAUCCGCCACCUGUGGGUGCUGGGAAUUUGGGAGCUGGGUGAAACCAACCUGUUCAUACUACAGUCUAUCAUCGCGGUCGGGAUGGGCGCUUUCGUCAUCGUGGAUCGUGCUGUAGCUGUUUACUUCAUCUGGGGGAACUUUGAGUUAACCACACUUGUUCUGCUCAUUACUUUCAUCGGCGGCAGUGGCGUCGUGAAAAUGGCAGUCUUCGUCCACAACAGACGGCAGUACCACUCCCUGGCUAACCAGCUAGACGAGCUGCUGUCCCUCCAACGUGGGUCCUGCUCAGAGGACCCUAACUUGGCAGCCAUUUUAGCAUCGUCCCGCCGGAAAGCUGCGCGCCUCACGAAGGGGCUGCUACUGCUCAUGCUGUCGCAGACUCUCUUGUGGAUCUCGGUGCCGCUCGUAGCCUACCCAGAGGAGAGCCGUCUGCCAUUUGUUCAGCACCAGUGGGACCACAACAACAAAUUUUAUGAGAUCUCCUAUAUCGUACAAAGCCUGUCGGCUGUCUGGGUGAGUCAGAUAAGCUUGGGUGUGGACUGCCUGUUCGCAGCCGUCAUGAUUCUUGUGGCUGCCCAGCUGGAAAUCCUCGUACACCGUCUCUUGAACAUCAGAAACGACGUGGACAUAGUGUGCAAAGAGACAGCCAUUUUGGAGAAGAAGGAACUUGACAGCAAAUCUGAUGAAAACAUGUACGACGAAUUGCGCCUUUGUAUUAAAACUCACCAAGAUAUCCUAAGGUUCGUCGCGUUCCUCCAGGACAUCAUGAGCCCCAUUGCAAUGACGCAGUUCGUCAUGAGCGUUGUCAUCACAUGCAUGGCGUUAUUUCAGGCAACUUAUAGUGAAGAGUUCAGUGCGGUACUGAAAUGUGCAUCUUUCCUUACAAUUCCUGUCGGCCAGCUGUAUCUUUAUUGUUGGGCAGCGACUAAUGUAACAGCACAGGCAGAGGCGGUCUCGGCAGCAAUAUACAGCUGCUCUUGGGUGGACGCUAGUGAGCGUUUCAAGCGUGCUCUGAGGCUCAUCAUCAGUCGCUCACAGAAGCCGCUGGUUCUCACCGCCGGACACCUCUACCCCAUCGACAAGGGAUCGUUCCUCACGAUGAAGAAACCAGCAAGAAAGUGA